AUGGAUUCAGCCACAACCCAAAGAUCAUUGAUUUCUCUAGUAGCAACUCUCUGCCUAAUCCUCAUACAUUCAACUCCAGCCAACUCAUACAACAACUCCCCAAAUGCGUACGAGGUUCUUCGGGAGUACAACUUCCCAAUGGGCCUUCUUCCCAAAGGGAUGAAAGGCUAUGAUCUUAACUCCAGCACAGGUGAAUUCUCAGCCUACUUCAAUGAAACCUGCAGCUUCUCUGUCCAAGGCUCAUACGAAUUGAAGUUCUCGUCCACCGUCACUGGUUACAUAUCAAAGGACACCCUAUCUGGCUUGGAUGGCAUCAGUGUAAAGUUUUUCUUGCUUACAUUAAACAUAGUAGGGAUCAUCCGGAACGGCGACAACCUUGUGAUCUCUGCGGGGUUUGAAUCAGCCCCAUUUCCUAUUGACAACUUUGAGGAGUCUCCUCAAUGUGGGUGUGGCUUCCAGUGCAGUUUGAGCGAGUAA